UUACGGAGUUAUCUACUGACACUAUUUGCUCCUGUUUUAUUCUGCUCCAUUCAAAUAAAAAACAUCCAAAAAUGCUUUUAACGACCCGUCCGAGAUUCUUAUUCCGCCAGCGAUCCCAUUCAGCAUCGAGUGUAUCCGAAAAGGGCGCCUCGUUCAGUACACCACAGGCGAACAGGAAGAACAAGGUGAAUGGAAACAGAAGGAUGAGUGAUUCUAACAAUGUUGCAUACAGUAACGGUUCGAAGAAAGUCUUUGAAGGUGAUAUUGAGAAGUGGGAGCCAAAUGUGUAUGAAAAGGAAUUACUCCGACGCACGUGGUCAGAUGAGUUUGACAAUUUGUACGAGUUGGGAUCAGCAAUCUAUUGUUACAUUUUUGAUCAUAACCCAAAUUGCAAACAAUUAUUCCCGUUCAUUUCGAAAUAUCAGGGAGACGAGUGGAAAGAGUCAAAAGAAUUCAGGUCGCAGGCUCUCAAAUUUGUACAGACAUUAGCUCAAGUGGUCAAAAAUAUUUAUCAUAUGGAAAGGACGGAAUCGUUUCUUUACAUGGUCGGACAGAAGCAUGUAAAAUUUGCGGAUCGAGGUUUCAAGCAUGAAUAUUGGGAUAUUUUCCAGGACGCUAUGGAAUUUGCAUUAGAACACCGUCUCUCCAUUAUGACCGAUUUAGACGAUAAUCAAAAAAGAGACGCAGUGACGGUGUGGAGGACAUUGGCACUAUAUACAACUGUACACAUGCGAAAUGGGUUCAUUGAUGGUCUGAAAGGUGUCAAUCGUUUUCCGCCUUUAGUGUAAUGUUUUCAAUUGUUCGCAUAAUCUUAUCCGUAAUUGCCUCCAAUCUCUGUGAUCGUUUUCUCUUCAAUUUGAUUCAACUUUAAUAAUAAUAUUUGCUUUAAUUCUUUCGUUGUUUAGAGUUUUUCAAUUUGAAUUUACAAUGGCGUGAUGAAAUCCAGCUAAACAGGGAUUUUAAUUUUUAAUUCACAAAACUAUUUGCCAUUCACAUUUUAACCUCAUUUUUUGUAAAUAUUUGCAUUAAAAUAUUUUCCAAUUUCUAAACAAUUGUUUAAUUAACAAUAAAAAAUAAAUAUCAAAAGAAA